AUGAUUUCUCUCUCUCUCUCUCUCUCUCUAUCAAUUCAACGUGCUCGCCAUCAAACGGCUGGCAUAUAUCCUGUGACUGUUAAUGUCAACGGCAAAGGGCUGACAAAUAAUCUUAUGUUCACCUACCAGCUCUCUCUCUCGGGAAUAAGUCCUAUUACAGGAAGCUUGUUCGGCGGACAACGUUUGACACUAACAGGAAGUGGAUUUGAUGCCAAUCAAACUAAAGUGAUGAUCUGCUCGCAACAAUGCUUAAAUCCAGAUCCAAACAUUCAAUCUGACACAACGUUCAUCUGUAUAACGCCUACUUUGGCCACUAACUGGACAACUCAAAAUUGUGUUGUGAAUGUUUCGGUGGCAGACUUUCAUGCCAUUAGUACCCAAAGCUAUCAAUACAGCACCAACAAAACUGCGCAUAUAACGCGAAUUUACCCAUCGCGAGGAGGAACAAGAGGUGGAACUAAUAUUACAAUAUCUGGAACAGGUUUCAGUUCAAACAAAGAUGACAUCGAAGUAAGCAUUGAUCAAUCAAAAUGCACAGUGUUGAAAGCAGAAUCAACCAAAAUCGUGUGCCAGACAACAGCGCAUCUGAAUUCGAUUACAGCCAAAGUUGAAGUUACAAUUAAAGGCCAAGGACUUGCAAACAACACGUUUGCUGACUUCACGUUCAUCGAUGUUUGGUCAUCUCGAUCUACAUGGGGAAACAAUGAUCCACCUGGAAAGGGAGAGUUUGUGGUCAUUGGUAAAGGACAAAAAGUGCUGCUAGAUACUGACACGCCCAUUUUGAAGAUGUUACUUAUUCAAGGUGGAACACUUGAAUUUGAAGAGAAAGAUAUUGAACUAAAUGCAGAAAACAUCUUGAUCACUGACGGUGGAAGAUUUCAGGUUGGUUCUGAAAAGAAUCCUUUUCAACACAAAGCAGUCAUAACUUUGUAUGGAAAUCUACGUGCUAAGGAGCUGCCUAUCUAUGGAGCUAAAACUUUAGCCGUAAGGGAAGGAAUACUUGAUCUUCACGGCCGGAAAUUGGGGCUCACGUGGACUCAUCUUGCAGUUACAGCAAAUCGUGGCGACAAUUUUAUCUUAUUAAAACAAGCUCUUAAUGUCUCUUAUGUAUAUUUCUUUUCUUUUCUCUUUUUUGUUUUAUAUUUUCUUUUAGAUUUCUUUCUCUUUCCGUUUCUUUUGAUAUCUUUCUUUCUUUUUCGCUUCUGGUCUCGUGGCUUGAAGGUGACUCACGCUGGCCAAGCAUUUCGUCUGGGCAGAUACCCCGUGCAUUUUCACUUAAAUGGUGAUAUGUCACGGUCUUAUGUCAGAGGCUGUGCUAUCCACCACACAUUCAAUCGAGCCAUCAAUAUCCACGGCUCCCAUAGAACCUUGGUUGAGCACAACGUCGUAUACAACAUCAUGGGAGGUGCCAUCUUCCUUGAGGAUGGCAUUGAAACGGAAAAUGUUUUUCAGUACAAUCUUGCAGUGUUUGUGAAACCAAGUACAAGUUUGAGAAACGAUGAUGUUACUCCCGCUUCUUUCUGGGUAACCAACCCUAAUAAUAUCAUCAGACACAACGCCGCGGCGGGUGGAAGCCAUUUUGGCUUCUGGUUUCGAAUGCUCCAACAUCCGGAAGGACCUUCAUCUACAUUCAGCAUUUGUCCGCGUAAUGUUCCAUUAGGGAUCUUUCAAAACAACUCUGCUCAUUCAUUUGGAUGGUUUGGCUUAUGGAUAUUUCCAUCUUUCACUCCUCGAGAAAAUGGCAGGUGUAAUUAUUGGAAGGACAAGCGAGUUGUCUUUGAGAAAAUGACUGCAUGGAAUUGUGAAAAGGGCGCAGAAACUGUCGAUUCAGGUCCACUACAGAUGGACAAUUUUGUAUUGGUCAACAAUGAAUUCGCCGGCUUCGAAGGGCUCAAGUUCAUAAACACGACAAACAAAGCAAUAUUCAGAUGGGAGGAUGAGAUGAUUCUGCAUGAUAAGGACGGAACACUCACAGGAACGGCACAAAGCAAAGUACUGGCUACAACUGGACUUCUUCCUCCGACGUGUAAAAACGCUGAACAUUUCAGCUCUUUAAUGCCAGCAAGUAUAUGCCCGCCAGAUGUCAAAUUUCACAGAUUCGCCUUCAAUAAAAUCUAUCCUUCGAAUUUGAAACACAGAGAUUUAUUGGUCAUCAACAAAUAUGGCAACACUUCAGCUCCAUAUAAAUUCAAAGCUGUCACUCACAAAGAGGGGUGGAUGGUACUGUUGGUCGAUGGCAUAGAUCAUAAAAUAUCUUUUCUAGGUGCAAGCCAAGUCACCAACAUCAGCUAUGACGCUUCAUUUUAUCAAUUUUAUAGUGGCGACUACGUCUUGAUAACACAAAACAAAGAAAGCUUACCUGAUCGAUUUACCAUCGACGGAAAAAAUAACUUCAUUUCGAGAUCACUCAAAAUGCCAACAUACCAGACUGGCGGAACAGGAAACUGGUUUUACAAUUCUUCGGCUAAAACAAUGACAUAUUUAGUGUCUUACAAAGCAAGUCUGUCUCGAAGCAAGAGAAGCGCAUCUCUAACGAGCUCAAAAGAUCGAAGCCUACGCUUCGCAGCAUUUCGCUGUUUCUAUCUGAACUGCGAACCUCCCAAAGAUCCUCGCCUUUCUCCGCCGAAGACCAAGAGGCCCAAAACUUUCUAUCUAUGGUCGAUGAAAGAUACAUGGAGUAAAGUAAACAAACUUCUCAAUUCAAAUACGCAUGCCAGGCUACCAACAGAGAACGAUAAUGUUACUAUUCCCGAAGGAAUGUGGGUUGUAGCCGACACCAGUAUUCCUAAAUUGGAUGCUCUACACGUUUUCAUAGGUGUAUUUGGGGGUCUUGAUUUACAUGGCAACGAGCGCGUUGUACAGUGGACACGUCUUGCAUCUACCCUUAAAGUUGGCGAAAAAAUAGUGAGCCUACAGAAAGUUGUCGACUGGAAAGUGGGUGAAGAGAUCGUAGUAGCUGCCACAAGAUACAAUGCCUGGGAGACAGAAACAUUCCGAAUUUUUUCCAUCUCAGCUGAUCGCAAAAUUCUCACACUGAACACAACAGCUAUUUAUGAACAUACUGUACACAAUGAAAUUAUUUCGGACAAGACAGUCAUUUUGUCAGCUGAAGUUGGUCUUUUAACAAGGAACAUCAAAAUUAUUGGUAGUCCGUAUGAAAAUAUGAAACGAGAGAUGUUUGGUGCCAGGAUCAUUGCAGGCGUUACUCAAACCAGCAUCGAUUCUGUCUAUGUUGGUUAUAUACGUUUAUCCAAUGUAGAAUUUAUGCACACCGGACAAUAUGGCUGGGCAACAAGCAGCGAUCCUCGGUAUUCUCUAGUUUUUCACAAUUUGGGUACAAUUGACCAUGUGCUUCGACCAACAUACGUCAAGAAUUGUACAUUUCAUCGUGGUUUUUCCAGUGCAAUUGGCGUAUACGGUAGCAACAGCAUGAAUAUUGAGAACAAUGUCAUCUACCGAACACUUGGUUCAGCCAUUAUCUCUGAAUCCGACAACAUCAAAGUUCGCAACAACCUUAUCACUUUAGUCGUAUGCCCAGCAGUCUACAUUGUACGUUUCAACUUGACGGGUGGCAUAACCUGGCCGGCUGGUAUCGAAUCGAUCAAAGGAAAAGACUUUGAAAUUAAAGAUAAUGUUGUGGCCGGCUCGGAGAGGUUUGGGUACCAUGUAACUGGAGAGUAUUGCAACAAACCAAGUAAAUGGUUCAAUAACUAUGUUCGUGGGGCUCUUCUCGGUGUAGGGCAGUUUCCAAAGGACAGUGAUAUCCUCAAGAAAGAAUGUGUCCUGUACUCUGGAUUUCAUGUGUUUCGCUGUGUGGAUGCAGGCAUUUAUCAUAACCAAAAUCCAGGUUUUAAUCUGGAAAACAGUGUACUCGGAGAAAAUAGCGUCUCUGUCUGCCCGAUCGUUAUUGGACCAAUGGCUAUAACACAUAAGACUAGUAGUAAGAAAAUAGCAAUCAGAAACACAGUAUUUGUGGGCCUCACGGCGUCAUAUGACUGCAAUAUUGAAAGACUGGAUAAAACCAAUCCCAACAUUCUCUUAAGCAAUCUUGCACGUUCUGGCACGGAUGGCCGGACAAUAGGUUUCAUGUGGCCAACCUUCUUGUCUAAUGGAAACAAUGCACCAGAGAAACCCCUCUUCAAUAUCAUGAGUUACCCGACAAUAUCUGGGUUGAUGAUUGUCGAAAAUGUAACAUUUGCACACUUUAACCAUCAAUGUGGUAAUAAAAUGAAAACUAUAGUCUUGAUGACAGCAGGAUUCAACGAUGAUGGCCAACAUCCAGUGGUAACAAGAAAAAUUAAAAAGACAGAUGUCAAAAGCACCAAUUUGGUCUUCAUUCAAAGGCCUAAUAUCGGGAAGAUUAAUUCUGCUGACUGUGUUGAUAUGGACUGUGAUGGCAUGAAGAAAGCUCUUCUGGUUGACGAGGAUGGAUCAUUUGUUGGUGGCUUAGCUCCUGUCAGUGUAUUCUCUCAGUCAGAAUGGGAAUGGAAUGGAGACAAACGACGAGGAUUAGGCGAUUACAGGAUUCCUAAAGUAAUGUUGACAUCCAUGAAUGGAUCCAGGCUUCCAAUUGAUAAGGUUGCACCACAUAAAGGUAUCAUCCGAAAUUCUAAGUGUAUGUAUGAAUCAUCAUGGCAAGCAUACAAGUGCACUAACAGCAGUUACGCUAUGCUGAUUGUCGAAAGUCUAGAUGAAGAUACGGAGACGCGAAGGUUAUCUCCUGUGGCCAUCCUUGGAAAUGGUUACCUAGAUCUCAUCAACGGACCUCAAGACCACGGCUGGUGUUCAGGAUAUACAUGCCGAAAAAGACUCUCUACUUUUAUGAUUGUAGUUGAACUUGGAAAAAUAUACAAUUUGUAUUUCUCAAGUACUCCACCUCAGAAAUUACGUCUUCAUCUGCUGAACACGUACGCAAAGAUCACUGCAUCAAUUUACUUCAGCAACCCGAACAGACUUGAUGUUUAUGUCGACACCCAAACCUAUGUUCCUCCAAAGGACAAGAAAGACAAAACAUCGUUUGGGAUUUCCAACUUGGGCAAAUACAAACCUUUACCUUCUGAUCCGGAUGGCACAAAUUAUUUUGACCAAGACACAAAGCAGCUCUACGUCACUAUACAAGGCGACCGGCCUGUGGACAUUCGGAUGAUACCUGUAAUUGUUAUCAAAUUUUCUUUAAGUUCUAUAACCGAAAGGAUGUUCUUCGGGAAACAGUUGAUACGUAAUUUAGCGUUGUUUCUCGAAGUCCCGGCAAGCAAGGUCCGCAUUGUGAGUAUAGACAAUGAGAGCAGUUCUUCCGGCAGCCGCAAAAAGAGAUCAACAAACAGUGGUUUAACAGUAACGAUACAGAUUGGAGAGCCUCCAGUUACGAACAUCACAGCAAACGGCACGUCCAAUGUUACUAAUAGUUCUAGCACUUUGUCGACCGGCGAUUUGUCCCGCAUUUCAUCUCAAAUAGUCAACGCCCAGCAACUGAAUACAUUGGGCCAAGCAAUUAAUUAUUCGAUUAGUAAUAUGCUUUUAACUCCUGCAGUUGUUCCAGUCAAUGAUCUGGCGUGGACAGCACAAAACACUGCAACGAGCUUUACAGUCAAGGUUCCAGACAGUCUAAAAAUCAUGGUUAGCCCUGAAGCGUCAUAUGAAGGUGGCUUAUUCAAGAUCGGACCCUGUCUACGUUUUUAUACUAUUUUUGGUGUUCCACUGGAUAUACUUGGCACGCCUUCAGACCCAUGGAAAUUAAGAGCAAAUUUGGUUUAUGGUAGUGGUAGCGACACAAAAGCUCUUCUCCUCGGCAAAACCGAAAUAGAUUUCAAAGAUGGCUGGGCUAACUUUACUACUCUCAGUAUUUCACACAAGGGCACAAACUACGGAUUAGAAUUCAUUGUUGUCUACCCGGUCGCAGCAAAAUUUAACGCUACCGUCUCACCGAGCCUAACUGUACCCAGGAGGCCAUUAACCUUGUCUCUUACACCUAAUCCACUGGGAGUUAUUGCAAAUAAAGACGUAGAUUUGAAAGUUUUUCUCAAAGACAAUGUGACUGGUGUUACGGUGCACGACUCAAGAUGGCGGGGCCAUUCUUGGAUUGCAACUGCCGUCUUAAUUAUGCCAUUUCUUUAUCGAGGACAAGUGGAAAACCUAGGAAAUGAGGCUACCUACGAUUCUACCGACAACUGCAUGGUGUUCAACAAGGUUUCAUUUUCUAAAGCUGGCAUUUAUAUACUGAAAAUUACGAUGAUCUCCACUCCAAAAGAAUAUACCAUUGUUCGAGAAGAGGAAGUACAGGUGUUGUCGAACAUACCAACAGCUAACACUAAUACGAUAACGACUCUUAUCAAAUUAAUGGUCGAUAUCGAUUACCAUAAAAUCGAAAAUGGCAAUGUAAAUUAUUUCCGUGUGCUCAUGAUCAACUAUUUCAUGUAUAAAUUCCCGGAAGUACACUUCAAGAAUGUAGCUGUGUCGAAAUCUGAUAACGGAAAAGUGAACGUACAUAUGGAUAUCUAUGGGCAUGCUGACGCCGUCAUAUCAGCUUCAAAAUCUCUUUGUAAUAUGGCCGAAAAUCAAGAAAGACUCACUUUUCAAUCGGAAGAAGCGUACAUUGUGUUUAGUACCCAAGUGAAUGGUACACGUUACCUGGAGUCGAAUUGCGGAGAUUUGAAGGGCAGAAUUGUUUCAAAGAAUCCGUUUCCCGUGGAAAUCAUUAUUGGCGUGUCUUUUGCGGUGAUAUUUCUCCUUUUUGUAACAAUUAUAUUUCUGGUUUGGCGCUUCCAGGUCGUUCCAAAAGCGAAGAUUGAUGAUUCAAGUCUUUGUCGCCAACCUUCACCAAAAGAACCUACGCGGAUAUGUGAGGAUGAAUUGAGAAAACUGAUGACGUGA